CAAUUUUCUAUCGCUGUCGUUCAUUACCAUCAUCGUCCUUCAUUAUUAUUGACAGGGCGUAUUUAACUAAGUCGUAAAGACUGUAAUCCGGGCGCAAUGACCCUUGGAUUCUGACCGUCUCUGUUUUCUGCCAUUCUGCUCGUUCCCCCGCUCUUUCGUUCGCUUCGACAUCUUCGCAAACGCCGAUAUACCCUACCUCCUUUGUCCUGACUAAGGUACACAUCCGUCUGCGAGUUCGCAGUCCGAUCUCCGUACAUAAUGGGCUUCGGCGACUUUGAUUUCAUAUGCCGCAAGGCAUCCAUCCCAAUAUGCUCUUUGGUCGGUCCUCCGUCCACCAUGAGAAGCAGCGGCCGGGGCUUUCUAGCCAACUGCUAUGCCAGGAAUAUUGAAGUCGCAAAUACAAUCAUUUUUCAAGGAGCCACCGACGUUGCGCAUAUUGCUGCUUUAGCAAUGACAGUGAUCAUGGUAAUCCAUGUCCGGUCUAAAUUUACGGCUGUGGGUCGAAAGGAAAUUAUCACGUUCUUCUACCUUUACAUGGCUUUGACGAUGUUUUCACUUGUCCUUGAUUCCGGCGCUGUUCCCCCUGGAAAUGUCGUCUUCGCCUACUUUGCCGCCGUGCAAAACGGUUUAACAUCCGCCCUCUGUACUUGCUUACUCAUCAAUGGGUUUGUGGGAUUUCAGCUCUAUGAGGAUGGGACGACGCUAUCAGUCUGGCUUCUUCGACUAGCGUCGCUGGGAAUGUUCGUUAUUUCGUUCGCCAUCUCCCUCCUAACCUUCAAGGGAUGGGCUGGUCUGUCACCGACCAGUACCGCCGGACUCUUCGUGGUCUUGUAUAUUGUGAAUGCAAUUUGCCUGAUCAUCUAUAUAGUGAUGCAAGUUAUUCUUGUCGUGAAUACUUUACAUGAUCGAUGGCCUCUGGGCCACAUCGCCUUUGGCACAUUCUUUUUCAUCAUCGGGCAGGUGGUUUUAUAUGUCUUCAGCGAAACCAUUUGUGAAAACGUUCAACACUACCUGGAUGGCCUUUUCUUUGCAGCUAUUUGUAAUCUUCUAGCAGUUAUGAUGGUGUACAAGUAUUGGGAUUCCAUCACGAAAGAAGAUCUUGAAUUCUCCGUCGGUGUCAAGCAGAAUAACUGGGAGGUCAAAGAACUUCUAGAGGAUGAGCGACGGGGUACCGUUUAUCAUGACACCAACUCUGAAUACGCAAGCAGCUUGUAUCAUUAUCGAAACUCUACUUACGGAAGUGGUCCAACAAAUUACUAAAGCCAUCGAAUUGAAAAUAAACAGUAUAUUGUCAUAUUCUCAUUCUAUAUAUGUCUUCACAUCGCUUUAGCUCCCUUACUCUAGAAGGGUUCCUUACAUCUCCGUUCAACAUGGCCGUUCUAAUUUAAUUUUCCUACAUGUUUUCUAAUUCAACGACCUUUCAAUGCUUUGGUGUUCUAUUUGGGUUACAGUUGGCUACCGCUUACGUUUCUUAUUUCCCCAAAACCUUCAGGUGGACUAAAGUUGUUUGAACUUAUGCAUACUUCCCCUUUCGAGUCCUUUUUUUUAAACUCUCAUUCCCAUGUCCUUUCAUAUAUUAGCGAGGCAUGUCAUCGAUAUAUUUAAUAAUGUAUUGUUCUCUUUGAUAUUUUAUUAUUCAUGCCUAAUAGAUAUUAAUGCCACACCGCGCUCCGUUUGCAAAAGCUGCCUUUUUCUUUUCUGUUCUUAACGGUUCGCUCUUGUUAGUUCGCUCCUGUUGCAUGCUCAUUGAAAUGAAAUACGUUGCUGAAUUCACAUUAUAUACUCUCCAGUCAUAUUUCUUCAAAAUUAUACAAAUACGAUGGUGGAGCAAUUUCCCAGGUGUUGAGAUUUAUCGAGUCUUAUAUAUCAUGAUCAGAUUUGGACUACAUGGCGCAUUUCAGGAGAGAUCGAAUGGAAUCAGGAGAAAUCUCGUUUUCCGUUGAGAUGAAGUGAAAGAAUUAGAGCCCCUUUCCAUAAGACAUAUCACGGCUUUAAAGAUCAAUACGAAUUUAUCGGAAAAAAAAAAAAAAAAAAAAAAA